AUGGGGAGUGUGCCUUUUGGUCCGCUUCCCUUGCCUUUCAUUGGUAAUGUGCAUCAACUCGGUUACAAAAUGUUUAUAAGCAAGAAAAACUUCGUCGAUGCUGUCCGGGAUUGGGUUGAGGAGUACGGUCCAGUCCACACUUUCUGGUUUGGACCGCUGGCAACUGUGAAUAUUUGCGAUUAUCCAACGGCUGUUGAUGCCAUGGCAAAUGUUGUCGUAUUGGGAUAUUUGAUCUAUGUCCAGCUGGAGUGGGCAUUCGCUCUUGGUGUUGAAGAUGGUCGUGGCAUUAUUGUUACGAAUGGAACACCAUGGCUGGAACAGCGUCGCUUCGCACUGCACACUCUUCGAAACUUUGGCCUAGGAAGGAACAUCAUUGAAGAGAGGAUCAUGUAUGAAUUCGAAAUCGCGUGUGAAGCUUUAAAUAUGCGGUUGGAGACCGAAGGAAAAUCCAUCAAUGCUCAUAAGAAUUUCGAGUUGCUUGAUUGGAAACAUCAUCAACAGGAUGCUGUUCACAGAUCGAUUCGAGAAGAAGCAGGAAGAAAAUUCUUCGAGUUGAAGAGGAAGAUGGACGAAAUGAUGGAGAACUUUUCGUUGUUCGAUAUGCUUAUCGAUGAGUGGAAUGUGAAUUGGCCAUUCUUGAAACAGAAGAACUGA